UUUGUACACACUCUGACACACACACACACACACCUCUAGUGAAGUGUCUGUUUCGGAGCAUGCUGAAACAGAUCAGGCGUUCAUGCUGACCCAGGCAGUGUGUGUACCUUUGCUCCCCACUGGUGUUUACCUCCUCUCUCUGCUGCCCUCUGCCACGUCAAAUGACUGCCCGGGUGCUUGGCUCGCUCCUCUGGGAGCCUCAUGGCCAAACAAGCCUGACUGUGGUCACUCUGCUCUCGCUCUGAGGAGUCAGAAACUGCUGGCCGGAAGAUUUUUUUUCCUCCAGCACCAGCUCACGGCUGUGCGUCUCCGCCUGGUAGGUUGGCCCGCGUCUGGCUGUCUGCUGGAGCUCUGCUCGCCGGUUGGAAGAUAAACGAAUGUGUUCAGGUCCGUGCAGGCAGUGCGACUGACUCACCUGCCGGUUGAGGAGAUACUGGGAGCUGUUGGAGCAGCUGGAAUUGUAUUUUUUUUUAUUUCAUACAGCUGACAAAUGAGUGGAUAUCUUUACAGAGGAAGGCACUGUGGUGCAGAGAAACGGCCCAGGCCGAAGAGCAUCGGACCUAUGAUGGAUUUCUCGUGUGAUGAGACGGUUAAAGGCCCCCCGGUACAGAUGCACAGCCUGAGAGAGUUCGAGCAGCACCUGAACGACCUGAAGAAGGAGAACUUCAGCCUGAAGCUCCGGAUCUACUUCCUGGAGGAGAAGAUCCAGCAGAAGUUUGAGGAGAGCGCCGAUGGUGUGCACAAGAGGAACAUCGAGUUAAAGGUUGAAGUGGAGAGUCUGAAAAAGGAGCUAGAGGAGAAACAACAGCUUCUGGACGAGGCUCUGUGCACGGCAGAGAGCCUGUCCAAUCAGAAUGAGGCCGAGCUGCAGCGACGCCUGUCAGAGCGUCAGGAGGAGAUCAUCCACAUGCAGGAAAUCCUCGAAACCAAAGUUCAGCUGCUACAACAGGAGGCCUCGCUGGCGCGAGAGGAGGCCGGGCAGAUGGCCUCGCUGGCGGACUCUGAGGCUCAGCGCUGCCUGGCUCUGGAGAGAGAGAUGGUGGAGAGGAUGGAGGAGGAGAGCGGAGGCUCAGGCGCACUGCUCAGCCGGCAGGCCAUGGCCGACAAAGACAGGGUCAUCGAGGAGCUGGCGCAGCAGAAACAAUCUUUGGGUCUCCUGGUCGAGGAGCUCGAGGUCAAAGUUCACAAUCUUUCCUCUCCUCUCAAGAGGAAAGAACGAGAAGCUGAGAGUCCCGGUGAGAGCCGAGCCCUCGCACACAUGCAGAGGCUGAUCGACGAGCAGCAGAGCCAGCUCGGUCAGUAUGAGAGCGAUGCCGGUCAGUGUGUCGGCGAGCUGCAGAAGGCCCAGGACCGGCUGCGCUCGCUCCAAACCAAGAUCCGAGAGAGCGAGACCAGGAACCAGAAGCUGCAGCAGCAUCUUAGUGAGAUGGAGUUGGAGCUGCGUUCGACCCAAGAGGAAGCCCAGCGACAGGAGAGAAGCAUCCAGAACAUCACUGAUACCGCCAACUCCAAGGAGAAAGAGGCUGCAGAGCUGUGUCGGGUGAUUGAGGAGCAGAAUAAGAUGCUGUUUUCUCUCAAGGAGCUCGCCAACCGCAGCCAGCUGCAGCAGCUGCAGGUGUCGGGCGCGGACAGCUUUCGCGGUCAGGGCGAGGUCCUGGCUCUGCAGGCGGCUCUCUUCCAGGCUCAGCUGGAGCUGCAGGACGGUCAGCGGGCGCAGCGGCAGGCGGGCAGGACGCAGGAGGACCUGAGCCGAGCCCUGCAGAGGCUGGAGAAGGACCUACAGGGGGCGCUGCAGCACAGGAGGGAGACGGAGAGGCACAACCGGGAUCUGCAGCUGGCUCUGGAGAAGGCCCGGUCGGCCCUGCAGGAGAGAGAGGAGCAGCGGAGGGAGGCCGAGGGGGAGAGAGAGAGGCAGGAGGAGGAGAGAGAGAGGACCAUCGGAGAGCUGAGGACGUCCCUGCUGACCAAAGAGCAGCUGAUAGAGAACUACUGUGAGCUGUUGGAGGAUCCAAAGGAGAAGAGAGACGCUCUGCUUCAGAAACUCCGCCAGCGCAUCAAGGAGAGAGACCGAGCCCUGGAGCGAGCGGUAGACGCCAAGUUCCGCAGCGUGGAGGAGAAAGAGGAGGAGACUCGUCGGCUUCAGCUGCUGCUCCGAGAGAAGGAGAGAGACCUGGGGAGGCAGCGCUGCGUCCUGUUAAACAACGAGGAGACCAUCACUAGCCUGGAGGUGCUGGUGCGUGGUAGGGCUUUGGAGCUGGAGCAGGUGUGCGACGCCUGGAGGAACGUCCAGCGGCAGCAGCAGGAGAGCGAAGAGAGACAGAGCAGCAUCCUGAGAGAGAGAGACGGCAUCAUCAGCCAGCUGCAGGCGGCGCUGCACACGCGCACGCAGGAGGCCCAGGACCUGCGCUGCUCCCUACUGGCUCAGAUCCAAUCAGCUCCCUGCGACAUUCUGGAUGAGCUGAAGGUCCGCCUCCAGCUCAAAGACCGCCUCUUCCAGGAAGUGCUUACCGACCGAACCCACCAGGCCCAGGAGCACCAGGAGCAAGUCCAGGAUCUCCUCAGCACCAUCAGCUCCAGGGACCAGUACAUUCAGGACUCCGCGGGCCGGCUCGGUGAGGUGAUGACCGAGCAGACGGACAGGCUCCAGGAGCUCCGCAGACAGCUGAACACGUCUGUCGGAUCGAGGUCCGACUCUGGACCGGACUCGGCUGUGGACCUCCAGGCGGUGCAGGAGGAGCUGUGUCUGGCUCUGAGGAGAGGGAAGGAGGCCCAGGAGCUGAGCAGGAGUCAGGCCAGCAGGGUGGAUUCCCUCACCAGGACCCUGUAUGUGAAGGAGGAGAUCAUCAGGGACUUCCAGAGGCAGAUGGUGGAGCCCUCCGGUCUCUCGCUGGUAGAGCGGUUGACCCAGGAGGUCCAGGAGCUGAGGGAGAGCCUGGUCCAGCGGGUCGGUCCCCUAGCCAGAGGCCCCCUCCUGGGCCGAGACCGGCCCAACAGCAGGCAGCCCGAGUUUGGAGAGCUGAGCUCCGAGGACGAAGGCGACGCUGAUGAGGGUCUGGACAGCGAGUGCACGGAGAGCGUUGAUGAAGAGGAGUCCAAGCUGAGGGUCCAGUCCGUGGCCAACACCAAGGCCUCUGGAGGUACAGGAAAGCCUCCAUCCCAGGACCUGUUGUUUGAAGGUCAGGGACUGACGGAGGUCAAACAGCUGGUGGAGCAGAAGAGGGCGGUGGAGAGAGAGCUGGGAGAGCUGAAGGCUCAACUGGAGAAGGCCGGCUUCUGCUCCCUUUCACAGAUGAGGAAAGCUCUGUUCAGCCUGCAGGCAGAGAACGGAGAUUUGAGGCAUCAGCUGAGUGAAGGCCCACAUCCCGACAGUAAAUGGAGUGAGGAGGAGGACAAGGAGGAGGAGGAGUUGGAUGUGACCAUAGAAGGGGCGGAGGAGGAUGAAGAGGAGGAGGAAAGCUCUGAGAUGUGGGACGCUUGGGAUGGCGAGCUGUCCCCGUCGCAGACCAACAUCCAGACCGUUGAUGAGCUGAGAGACAACCGGCCCGAGUCACUGCACCUGCUCGCCAACACCUCACAGGAUGUUCUGGACAGCGAGCUGCCAGCCGGUCCGCCGCAGGGCGCCGCGUCCUCUGCGACGCGUGAGAAGACAGUCCGCCUGCAGCAGAAGAGCAAAGAGCUGCAGGAGAGACUGAUGGUGUCGGAGGCCACGGUGCAGGCUCAGGCCGAGCAGCUCAAAGACUACAGGGAGCUGCUCACGGAGACGGCAGUGCAGCAGGAUACCAAGCAGAUUCAGGUGGACCUGCAGGACAUGGGCUACGAGACCUGCGGCCGCAGUGAGAACGAGGCUGAGAGGGAAGACACCAGCAGCCCAGAGUUUGAUGACCUGGAGAUGUGCACGUCUCUGGACUGCGGCUCCCAGUGGUGGCCCGCCGGCAGCAGCAGCAGCAUCUCCGCCAUCACUAAAACCACCACCCAGAGGUCUGGUGACGGAGACGAGAUGUCUUCUCUCCAGCGCCUCGUCGAGGACCUUCGCUCCCAGCUGUCCCGUUCUCAGGGAGUGAUCCGCGGGCUUCAGAGCCGGCUUCGGUCCCUCUCCACCUCCAGCGACUGCGGGCCUUCCACGCCUCGCAAGGUCAACUGGUCCUUCCAGGCCUCGCCCUCCCAGAGCGGGGCAGAGGAGGACGAGGGCUGGCAGUCCUCUGACGGAGGCCCUCUGGCUUCGCCCCGCCACCCUCACCCGGACAAGGGCCUUCGGGAGCUGGUGUCCCGCGUGGACGCACUGGAGGACCAGCUGAGGAAAGGAGGCAAAAAGUCUGUCAGCGAGGACUUAAAGUCAGCCACCUGGCCGGGUAAAUUCGACACUCUCAUCCAGGCUCAGGCCAGAGAGCUGUCUCACCUCCGCCAGCGGCUGAGGGAGGGUCGGGGCGUGUGCAGCAUCCUCACCCAGCACCUGGGGGACACCACCAAGGCCUUCGAGGAGCUGCUGCGGGCCAACGACAUCGACUACUACAUGGGCCAGAGCUUCAGGGACCAGCUGGCUCAGGGCGGCGCUCUGGCGCAGCGGGUCAGCGCAAAGAUCAGCGGACGAGAUCAACCUGAAGAUCCAGAUGAGAAGACCGAGCUGCUCGCCAUCCGGCUUAGUAAGGAGCUGCAGCAGAAAGACCAGGUCAUCGAGUCUCUCCGCACCAAACUAAACCAGCAUCACCACCAUCAUCACCAUCAGCGCUCCGACACGCCCUGCAGCAGCCACGCCCUCUCCGACACCACCGACCAAUCGGAUCGCAUCUCCUAUGUGUCCGACGAGCACGGGUCCACGACCGAGGACCUGGAUCCGUGCUCCGACGCGGACGCUGCCAGCGAGCUCGGCCAGAAGGAUGCGCGGACGUCCGCCAGAGUCGGCACAGAUUGCCACUCCCACAGUGGCGCCAUGUCACAUCAUGCAUCGUCUGUACCUCCAUCCAUCACCUCCUCCCAUAGCACCCAGCCCUGCCUCAGCUGCCCCAGCAUGCGUUGCCCCAGCUCGCCGCAAAAGCCCGCGGACAUGCAGAGUCAGACAGGGUUUUCCACCCCCCAGUCCAAACCUCUUCAGGGUUUCCCGUUUGCCCACCAGCAGCCCGACUCCUCUGCCUUCCUGCCUCUCUCCUUUCACGGGUACCAGCCUCCUCCUUUCAGCAGCGGCCUGGAGGCCAGCUCGGGAAUGAAAGCGGGGUCCGGUCUGUUGGAGAGCAGUGCAUUGUGGGAUAUGAGCUACGGUACCCGGCCGGUGAGACUCUGUGCUGACCUGUCGUCGGGGUCCUCGGGGUACCAGUCCGGCACCAGUAACACAGGUUCAGACUUGAUGAAGGAGCACCUGAGAGAGAUCAGGAGUCUGAGACAGAGACUGGAGGACUCCAUCCAGACCAACGACCGCCUCCGGCAGCAGCUGGAGGACAGACUGGCUCACAGCGCCUCUGAGAAAGGUGCUCCGACCAACAUCUACAUCCAGGGCCUGGAGUCGGUCGGCCAGCUGUCCAGCGAGAUCAGACUUCUGAAGGAAGAGAACUUCAGUCUGCAGAACCAGCUUCAACAGGCCAGCAGAGCAGAGGGCAUCAAGGACGCGGAUCAGCUGCGGGAAGCGCAGCUAGAGGCGGAGAAGUGGGCGGAGAAAAGCCGGAAGCUGCAUGCUGAGGCUGAAGCUCGCAGUCAAGAGGUCACAGAACUGAAACAGGACAGGCAGAAGAACCAGGAAGCCGUCAACAGACUCCAGCAUGAGGUGAGCGUCCUCCAACAGCAGCUCUGUGAGAGCCGCAGUCUGGUCCACUCUCUUCAGUCUGAGCUGCAGGUCCACCACAGAGUGUGUGGAGUCAACACAAACACAUCCGCAGGUCGGGCCAGUGACGGUGCCAAACUUGUACACGGCACUGUGACCUUUGACCCCAGAGAGCUGCACGUUCAGCUGGAGCAUCAGCUGAGCGGACAGGCCGACGCACAGCCUCGAUCCAGGAGACAGCUCUUCAACGAAAACGUUCCCUCCCCCCCUGUGAGAGACACGGGGCUCAUCAGUCUUUCCUCUCCUCGACAUCCUGCACAGAAACAUGCAGCAGAAACUGGAGCAGCCGGUCGAGCCUCGACCCUGCAGGGCCUGGCCCCCGACGGGUCCUUCGCCAACCGCCAUGGCCGCCAUGCAGUGGGCCAUGUUGACGACUUCAAGGCUCUGCAGCAGCAGAUCCUGGAGGGAAGCGCUCUCCUCCGCGAGAUGGAGACCACAUUGUAUUCCCUGAGCGCCCCACAGGAGUUCAGCAUGCAUCAGCCCUCAGACCCGGGUUCUGUCAGCAAGCUGCUGUCUGACACUAAAACCUUACGAGAGAUACUGGAGGAGGCCGGCGCUCUGCUGCGGAUGUUCUGGAGAGCAGCUCUGCCGAGCUCCGAGGAAACCAAGCAGGAUCAGUCUCUGGGGGAAGAGGUCGUCUCGCUCCGUCUGAAGCUCUCGGAGAACGAGCAGGCUCUAAAGGACGCCAUGGAGAGAGUGAAGAGCUCCAAUCGCACCAAAGAUAGCAUGGAGCACUUUAUAGUCAGCCAACUGUCGAGAACACGAGCCGUGCUGACAAAAGCAAAGACGAACUUGGAGGUGAAAACACAGGAGGCUUCUGUGAGCUUGCCUUCUCUCCUGGUUGGGGUGUCAUGAAGCCUUGGGCCUCCUCCUCCUCCUCCUCCUCCUCCGCCCCCCUCCCCCUGCAGUCCCGGGACCGUCUCUCCACCAGCGCCCCCUGCAGUCAGCCUUCCUGUCGUGCACCAGCCCAAAGCUCCUCGCCCGUCAUCUCACUGUUCAAGCAGAGAAUGCAGUAAAUCCUG